CGUUUUGCGGAAGCUCAGGUAAAGAGUCUACCAUACUUUGACGGGUCAGAGGUUGUUUUUUUUGCUCAACGAAAGUAAACAAAACUAUCCUGCACUGCAGACCCUUUAGUUAGGAACAAGAGGAAGGAAGACUGGAACCGGAAAAGCUGGAUGAAGGCUGUAAUUAUCGUCCAGGGAGAGCGUCUUGUAGUCCGUGGUGGUCUCACAAAUAUUUUUGUUUUUCUUACUAUUUUAAAAACGGAGACUUUUAUUAUCAUAGUUUCAAAUAACCAACGACAUUAAUGAUUUCUGGUCGGCGCGCGCUUAGAGAAAUCUCCAGUAGGCUACUCGCGUGAGAGGUGGUGGAUCAGAAGAAAGGAGAAAUGGGCGACAAUGACAUAGAAGAGCAAGACACUUUUCCCGUCCAGAGGGAUGAAGGUGAUAAUCGAGCAAAUCCGAAGAGGAGUCGGCGCAGGGUGGAAAAGAUACAUUCGAAUGUUUCCAAAUGGAUGCUUCCCGAGGAGUUACGGGAGACGUAUUUGGAAAGAGCGAACUGCUGUCCGCCACCAAUCUUCAUCAUCCUCAUCAGCUUAGCGGAGUUAGGAGUGUUUAUCUACUAUGCAGUAUGGAAGCCUCAGAAGCAGUGGAUAACCCUGGGUACAGGGAUCUGGGAGAGUCCUCUCACCUAUAAGCCAGAACAACGUGAGGAAGCAUGGCGGUUUGUCUCCUACAUGUUUGUACAUGCUGGGGUGGAGCAUAUCUUGGGAAACCUGUUAAUGCAGCUUCUUCUUGGCAUUCCCCUGGAGCUGGUGCAUAAGGGCUUUGAAGUAGGCAUGGUCUAUAUGGCUGGAGUCCUUGCAGGCUCUCUCGCCAGCUCUAUCUUUGAUCCUCUCAGUGCUCUUGUGGGUGCUUCAGGUGGUGUUUAUGCCCUCAUGGGAGGUUACUUCAUGAAUGCUGUUGUAAAUUUCAGGGAGAUGAUUCCACUUGUGGGAGUGUUUCGCAUUCUGGUAAUUGUUCUGAUUGUUGGAACAGAUGUUGGAUUUGCUAUUUACAGAAGGUUCAUUGUCCAUGACACUGCCAUGAAGGUCUCCUUUGUGGCCCAUAUUGGUGGUGGUGUAGCAGGCAUGACCAUUGGUUAUGUUUUUUUCACCAACUACGAUAAAGCGCUCCUCAAGGACCCACGCUUCUGGAUGUGCAUUGUGGGAUACAUUGCCUUCUUCUUGUUUGCUGUCAUUUUCAACAUCUUCCUGUCCCCAGCACCCGCGUGAGGAUGAUGGUUGAAGUCAUGCAUCAGUUCACAUUGGACAAUCAUGGCUUUUUAAAAGAAGCAAGUCUCAGGUCAAUAUAACUGUCAGAAAGGAUUUACAAGCUAAUACACUACAUUCAAUCUAUGAAUUUUUAAAUAAAUAAAUGUAAUUUUUAAGAAAGAUUUUACAUCCAAAUAUUCUCUUUUUUGGUUUUGCUUAAACACUCCUGAAGUUAUUUAGUUACUCGGGAACAAAGACAUGUUUAAAAAUUUACAUUUUGAUUCCUUUUUUUCUGAGACCAUUUUUUUUUGUAUUCACAAAAUUGAGCCCUCUACAUGCGGGGCUACAAACUCGUGUCAUGACUAAAACAGCUCAAUUCACACUUUGCAGUCACGUGACUACAAUGGUGGGCAACAAACGCUGUUAAAAUGGCGAAAAACAGUGGUCAGCCAGGGGAAUUACAGCCUUGCAAAUUUCCAAUACUACAAACAAUUAACUAUUUAGACCAUAUGUCACCGAAUCUUACAAUUAGAUAUCAAGAAAAGAUUAACAUACUUGGAACAUGUGAUCCAUACCCAGCACCCACUGAUGUUUUCAUUGCUUUGAAGCUGGCAAAGUCUCUACCAGACUUGGAGUUUGGAGAUAUUUGCAUAUAUCUUAUAGAGAAUCCGUCGCCUUACACCACCUUGCACAAAAAAUAAAAGCCUACAAAAGAA